CCUGUCUUGUGAUACCAGCAGCAGACAGGCGCAGCCAGACUCGACUAGUUGGGUGGGUGCAUUCUGGUUCGUCAAACCUAUCCUCGCAACUAAAUAACCAUUUAAGAUGGCGAGCCAUGGAUUGCCAAAGAUUGCGCAUAAUGAAAAGGAGACUAAAUUUGGAUAUGUCUAUGCGGUAUCCGGACCCGUCGUCACUGCGGAAAAGAUGUCUGGAUCCGCUAUGUACGAAUUAGUACGAGUCGGUUACUAUGAACUUGUUGGAGAAAUUAUUCGUUUAGAAGGAGACAUGGCUACUAUUCAGGUCUACGAAGAAACCAGUGGCGUUACCGUUGGCGAUCCAGUGCUCAGAACUGGGAAACCCUUGUCCGUAGAACUGGGGCCCGGUAUUCUGGGCAGCAUUUUCGACGGUAUUCAACGACCUCUGAAAGAUAUUAAUGAAUUAACCAGUUCCAUUUAUAUCCCGAAGGGUGUCAAUGUUCCUUCUUUGUCGCGGGUGAUCUCCUGGGAAUUCAAUCCAUUAAACAUAAAAAAUGGCAGCCACAUUACCGGUGGAGAUCUGUACGGUAUCGUCCACGAGAAUACCCUCGUAAAGCACAAGAUGAUUAUGCCACCUAAAAGCAAAGGCACCGUGACAUACAUUGCACCUGCCGGCAACUAUACCGUUGACGACAUUGUGUUGGAAACAGAAUUUGACGGUGAAAAGAACCAGUACACCAUGUUGCAAGUAUGGCCAGUACGUCAGCCUCGUCCAGUUACUGAGAAGCUGCCCGCCAACCAUCCCUUGCUGACUGGUCAAAGAGUUUUAGACUCGCUCUUCCCAUGCGUUCAGGGUGGAACAACCGCAAUUCCAGGAGCUUUCGGAUGCGGUAAAACUGUAAUUUCCCAGGCUCUUUCAAAGUACUCUAACUCAGAUGUCAUCAUCUACGUCGGUUGUGGAGAACGUGGUAACGAGAUGUCGGAAGUACUGAGAGAUUUCCCUGAACUCACCGUUGAAAUUGAUGGAGUCACCGAAUCCAUCAUGAAACGUACAGCCCUGGUUGCCAAUACCUCCAACAUGCCUGUCGCUGCUCGAGAAGCUUCCAUUUACACAGGGAUUACUCUUUCGGAAUACUUCAGAGACAUGGGAUACAACGUAUCCAUGAUGGCAGAUUCCACAUCUCGGUGGGCCGAAGCUCUUCGUGAGAUUUCCGGUCGUUUGGCCGAGAUGCCCGCCGACUCUGGCUAUCCUGCCUACCUCGGUGCCAGGCUUGCCAGUUUCUACGAGCGUGCUGGAAGGGUAAAGUGUCUAGGUAACCCGGAUCGCGAAGGUUCCGUCAGUAUCGUUGGAGCGGUAUCACCACCUGGUGGUGAUUUCUCCGACCCUGUGACCAGUGCCACUCUUGGUAUAGUGCAGGUCUUCUGGGGAUUGGAUAAGAAACUGGCUCAGCGUAAACACUUCCCUUCCAUUAACUGGCUCAUCUCGUACAGUAAAUAUCUCCGAGCAUUGGACGAUUUCUACGACAAGAACUUCCCCGAGUUCGUUCCGUUGAGAACCAAGGUCAAGGAGAUCCUCCAAGAGGAGGAAGAUCUGUCGGAAAUCGUGCAGCUGGUCGGCAAAGCCUCUCUCGCCGAGACGGACAAGAUUACUCUGGAAGUGGCAAAACUUUUGAAGGACGACUUCUUGCAGCAAAACAGUUACUCGCCGUACGAUCGAUUCUGUCCAUUCUACAAAACUGUCGGAAUGUUGCGGAACAUGAUUGCUUUCUACGAUAUGGCCAGGCAUGCUGUGGAGUCUACGGCUCAGUCCGACAACAAGAUCACUUGGAAUGUUAUUCGUGAUAGCAUGGGCAACAUACUAUACCAACUCAGUUCGAUGAAAUUCAAGGAUCCGGUGAAGGAUGGCGAAGCCAAGAUCAGAGCAGACUUCGAUCAAUUGCACGAAGACAUUCAACAGGCAUUUAGAAAUCUGGAAGAUUAAUCUUCUUGAUAAGAAGCACCUUCAUUAACCGCGUCCGAUAUCUUAGACGUUUAGGGAUGUUCCGACAGUAGCUGAACAUUAAGCUAAAGAGAGAACAGCAAGUGUUACAUCGGUGUCAUCACCGAGGCAUCAAAUAAUCAGAUACCAUCGAUAUUUUGCUUCCGUUAAACAAUGUGAAUAAGCCUGUACUUCGGAGUUGCUUAUUGCACGAUCUAUAAUUUGUCUUAAAGCAAAAGGGGGGGAAAAAAGAAGAAAAAAGAAAGAAAAAGUCUAUCGCCGAGCAAGUAUUCCAAUCCUCUGAAUCGCAGAUAUGCGAUUUUAGAAUCGAGGGUGACGGGUUGUUUUUAACGAAUCGUAUUCACUUCUUUCAAUCACGAUUGAUAGCCUCUACCUCUAAUCGAUUGAAAUUAAUUCCCCGGAUAUUGUAUAUAAAUUCCAAUUAUUUGAAAGUAACGCGAGUCGUUUUCAACAAUUUAUUUUUCCACCGAAGAACUGUUCGAUGGGUAGACUCUUGUCGGGUAACAAUGUAUGUACACUCCGACAAAGACAAUAAGAUGGGACGCCCCUAAACAACAAAUUAAGUUUCUUUGAAAUAAUCUUUCCGAUCAUUGUAAACUAAUUACGUGUCUUAAAAGUGAAGGGGAAAGGAAUUUUUAAUUAGUGAGAUCUACCUAGGACAGUUCCUUAUAUACUCGGCGUUGGAUAUUUGCUUACUCGCCAUCUACCGUAUCUUCCCGUAGUCCUUUACGCGCGAGAUCGUCGGAUAGGUGGAUUGCACUAAUGAAAAAUACUUUAUAUAUGUACAAUACAGACAUACCUUGUCGAAAGCUCUCCUCUCAUCCACGCGCUAUGGACGACAUUAAUCAAGUGUAAUUAAUAAAAACGAAAAAAAAAGAUAGCACAUGGCCUUGGUGUUUAAAGCGACCGUUGGAUGAUACGACAGCUUUUUAUCUAAGGAAUCCAAUACCGAUCAUGAAGUAUUAGCAAUUGUAUCAUAUUAUAUUCUAUGUUCGUGAUAGAGAUUAAUAUAGGCGUUAAAUAAUGUUACAUUGACGUUAGGACGUUACAUGAUCCAACGUAGAGUCUUCGAGACGCUAAGCUGUAAUCGAGGUGCUGGGUCUUUGCAGUGCAAAAAAGAAAAAGAAUACAAUGUCCAGUGUUCCAGCAGCUUCAUUAUCAUUUCCAAUGUACGAUAUGUAAAGAAAAAGGAAUAAAAUUCUGCACAAAAACAGUAAA